AUGACGGGAGGAUCGAAAUUCGAGGUCUCGAAAUUUGAUGGUCAUGGCAAUUUCGGAUUAUGGCAGACGAGAGUAAAAGAUUUAUUGGCGCAGCAAGGAAUUCAGAAAGGGCUGCGUGCAGAAAAGCCAAAGGGGAUGGAAGACGAUGAUUGGCAAGAUCUGCAGGAACGGGCGGCCGGGACGAUUCGGUUGUGCCUUGCAGAUGAAGUUAUGUAUCACGUUAUGCAUCUCAAAUCGGCGGAUGAGAUCUGGAAGAAACUGGAAUCACAGUUCAUGUCGAAAACCCUAACGACAAAACUGUAUCUAAAGCAGAGGUUAUACGGGUUGAAGAUACAGGAGGGGACCGAUUUAGGGCAACAUGUGAAUAUCUUCAAUCAGGUUGUCACGGAUUUGGCUUCACUCGAAGUCAAGAUUGAAGAUGAAGACAAGGCGAUGAUUUUACUGUGUUCGUUACCUCCUUCUUACGAACAUAUGGUGACUACCCUUACAUAUGGGAAAGAAACGAUCAAGACUGAGGAGAUUACUUCAGCGUUGUUGGCUCACAACCAGCGGAAACAGAAAUCUGGAGAGUCAUCUUCUCAAAGUGACAGUUUAUAUGUGAAGGGUAACCAGGAUCGUGGAAGGAAACAGGUGCGGGAUAAUUCAGGAAAUCGGAAUUACAGAUCCAAGUCGCGAGACAAAUCGAAAGGGAGGAAAACUGUAACGUGUUAUAAGUGCAAGGAACAAGGGCACUUUAAACGGGAUUGCCCAAAGUGGAAGAAACAGACUGCUGAUAUGUCAUCCAAGUCUGUGAAUGUGGUACAAAAUGAGGAAUCCGAUUGCAGUGAUGGAGAUAUGUUAUCUAUUUCGACUACGCAGUAUGAUGAUGCUUGGAUUCUCGAUUCUGGAUGUUCAUAUCAUAUAACGCCUAACAGAGAGUGGUUUGCUACUUAUAAACCAGGUAACUCGGGUUCUGUUUUUCUUGGUGAUGAUAGAUGCUGCGGUAUUGUCGGUAUUGGGGAUGUCAAAAUCAAGAUAAAUGGUUUCAUUCCCAAGGCUGAUGAGGAUAGGGAAACCAUUAAGAUUGUGAAGGGUGCUUUGACUGUGAUGAAAGGGAGGAUCACUGCAGGGAACAUUUACAAACUGUUGGGAAAAGUUCUUGAUAAGGGGGAGAGUUCGAUUUCUGCACCUGAUGAUGUUGAUCAUGAUGUUUCUGGCCUAACUGAUGUGCCAGAGAGCUACAAGUUAGCUCAGGAUAGAGUGAGGCGUACCAAUAUACAAGCUCCUGUCAGGUUUGGUUAUGAGGAUAUGGUCGCAUUUGCUCUUACGAUUACUAGCGUAGAUCCAUGUACUUUCCAGGAGGCUGUUUCUUGUGAGAAUAAUGUUAGAUGGAAGGCUGCAAUGGAAGAAGAGAUGGAUUAUGUACACAAGAAUCAGAUAUGGGAGUUGGAUGUUCUUCCCGAAGGGAAGAGAGCUAUUGGUUGUAGGUGGAUUUACACAAGGAAGUCAUCGGUAGCAGAAAAAGGAGGGGAAAGGUUCAAGGCUCGAUUGGUGGCUAAAGGAUACUCACAGCAAAAGGGGAUUGACUAUGAUGAGACAUUUUCCCCUGUGGAUAUGUGGAUUCUGAUUAUGCUGGGGACUUGGAUAAUAGGAGAUCUACCAUUGGGUAUGUCUUCACUUUUGGUGGAGGGCCUAUUUGUUGGAGGUCGAAUACUCAGCCUAUAG